UGUCCGCGCAGGCCGCAGCGGGUGACAGGGUUAAACUCUCCAUUGCUGCCGCCGGCCCGGCCCCGGGCGGGGAAGUGCAGCGGGUGUAGCCGGGCCUCGUAGCUCCCGCCUCCCCUCCCGGGGCCGCCCCGGCUGCCGUUUCCCCCGGCCGGGCUUGUGCUUGUGCUCUAGCAGGGCAGAGGGAUGGACGAGCAGCUGCUCCGCGCCUUUAGUGACGUAAGCCUGCACCCCCCGCGGCGCCGGUUCAGCGGCAGGCUGGUGCUGCUGCGGGGGCUGCCGGGGGCCGGCAAAAGCACCCUGGCCAGACAGCUGAAACGUGACUCUCCCAGCGCUGUAGUUCUUAGUACUGAUGACUUUUUUACCGAAGAUGGCGUGUACAUGUUUGAGCCUGACUUGCUAGAGGAUGCACACAAAUGGAACCAGAGGAGAGCACACAAAGCAAUGAAGAGUGGGAAAAGCCCAGUUAUUAUUGAUAACACCAACAUCCAUGCUUGGGAAAUGAAGCCAUACGUCAUGAUGGCACGUGAAUAUAGAUACGAAGUUAUAUUCCAAGAACCAGAUACACCCUGGAAGUUCAAUGUUCGAGAACUGACAAGAAGAAACAUUCAUGAUGUCCCUCGGCAAAAGAUACAACAGAUGAAAGAACAAUACGAGCACAGUGUUACCUUCCACAGUGUUCUUCAGUCUGAAAAACCAAGAUGAGAGAAGCUCCAGUGGAUCAAAUACAGCUUACAGCAUGAGUGCCCAUUCCAACCCCCCUCCAGUCUUCUCCAACAGAAGCCCUCAUGUGGCACAUACAAACAACAUGACAUUUAACUGAA